AUGACUUCCGGAAACCGCAAUUCCUAUUUGCAACACGACAUCUCCGACGAAUCCGACGACGACGCGGGCUAUGAUUCAGAAGCGGCCGAAGUCUCAAAGGUUGAUCGAGCGACGAAGAGGAGGAAAAUAAAUCACACUUCUUCUGACGGAGAGUCGGGGAGCGAGACAGAGGAGCGGUCAAAAGCUAAGACUGCAUCCGUGGACGAGGAGGUCGACAAUGUGGAUAGGCACAAUAAUGAGGUUGAGGAUGAGGAUGAUCAUGACACCCAAAGUACACGAGACGACCUUGCGACUACAGAGAGGAGAGAUUCGCCAAUCGCAGCCUUCAAGAGCGAGAGCGAGAGCAAGAGCGAGAGCAAGACAGUCGAUAGUAGAGACAAGAAAAAAUCUACGAAAAAGGCAAAGGGCGAGGAAGUGCCCCCAGGCGUAGUCUACCUCUCCUCGUUGCCACCGUACCUCAAACCCUCCGCACUGCGAAAUCUCCUAUCUCAACGUGGAUUUGCGCCUAUAACAAGAUUGUUCUUGUCGCCGGCCUCGAAGCACAAGUCCAGCUCGAAGAAAAACUCCCGACAGCUGUAUACGGAAGGUUGGAUUGAGUUUGCAUCGAAGAAAACCGCUCGAAGAUGUUCCGAGACGCUGAAUGCGCAAGUCAUAGGCGGCAAGAAAGGCGGCUUCUAUCAUGACGACGUGUGGAACAUGAAGUACCUGAGAGGGAUGAGGUGGGAAGAGUUGAUGGCCGGAGUGAGGGAGGAGAAGAGGGAGAUGGAAGGACGGAGAGAUGAGGAGAGGAGGAAUAUCAUGAGGGACACCAAGAGGUUUGUCGAGGGUGUGGAAGAAGGUAGGAGGAUACAGGGGAUGAAGAGGAAGAAGGAAUCCAAAGCCCCGCCGCCGGAUCACGAUGCGCCAACCCAGUCAGAUGUGAAGAGGACUUGGAGACAGUUCGAUGUUAAAGGAGACGGGCAACCUGAGCGAUGGGGUAAAGGCAACAAUACUCGUCAAGACCCGAUUUCAGAUGAUGUGAAACAGGUCUUGGGCAAGAUCUUCUAA